UGCGUAAUCAGUUGAUAUACAUAUUUUUGAUAAUAUUAUUCGCCUUGAUUGCAUAUCGAGCGAUUCACAAUCUGAUUUGUCAUUCUAACGACAUUUUAUAACUUUUAAGAGAAGCGCAUGUGUUUUCCGUUAUAGCCUUGAACGUACUUUUUUGACGUCAUUAUAGUUCCCAAAUAUUUCUAUGUACCUAUACAGUUCCAAGAACAACGGUAUUCACGAUACGUCACGGCGCUUGAGUUGUGGCAGCUUGUGUGAAAUAAUCGUGGUUUUGACGUGUUUAAGAGAGAAUUUAUGGGAAAACGACAAUGUUAAUUGUUAAAAUUAGUACCGGCCGGUGCGAUCAGCCUAUCUUUACUGCAGAAAAUCCGAUUACGACAUGUGAGAUUCGUAAUCAUGUGGAGGAAAUAACGGGAUUACCAAGGAGACAGUUUUAUAUUGUUCACAACGGCCAUAUCUUACGCAAUAAGAAUGUCUGUGCAUUUGGCUCUGUCGUCGUUAUACCAAAGGUGCUUGGAGGGAAAGGUGGAUUUGGAUCAAUGCUACGUGCUAUUGGAGCUCAGAUUGAGAAGACUACUAACAGAGAAGCUUGUAGAGAUUUGAGUGGUCGACGUCUGAGGGAUAUUAAUGAAGAAAAAAGAUUGAAGGCUUGGAUCGAUAAGCAAUCUACAAGAGAGGAGGAAGCUGUGGAACGUAGAAAGAAGAAAUUGGAGAGGCUUUGUGCGGAGCCAAAGCAUGAGUUUAAAGACAAAAAUUAUGAGAAAGAGAGAUCGUCACUGAUUGAGAGAGUUGGUGAUGCAGUUGAGCAAGGUUUCAAAGUUGCUGUUGCUGGUGGUUCAGGGAUCAAGAGAAAAGCUGAGGAUGAAGGAAAAAGUCUGAGAAAGAAAACUUUGAUGGACUUAGAUCUAGAUAUUGAUUCUGAUGAACUCAGUACUGACUCAGAAGAUGAUGACAAUGCUAAGGAAAUAAAAUCUAAAGUAGAUGAAAAGCAACUUUCCCACGACAGCGGACAUUCCAGUGAUGAGUCUGAUAAGAUAAAAAAGAAUGAAAUUAUUAGGAAAAAAGAAACUUCAGAAACUUUUAUGGAUAAUCGUAUUUCAAGUGAUUCUAAUGUCUCUAGCGAAGAUUUGAAUGCGAAGACCAAACUAGAAAAAACUACCCAAAAUGAUACUGUGGUGUCAGAGGAGAAUAUAGCAAAGGAAAAAAUUGAUACAGGAAAGUCAGAAGAUAUUUCAAAAAGUAAAGACAAACAUUGACAGAAUCAUCGGCUGAAAAAAUUGCUUCUGCUAAUUAACUCAAUUACAAUUUUAGGAUAUUUAAAGGAUUCAUUCAUAUGGUUCAUUUAAUUAUAUAAUAAAUCACCGUAUACGAAACAUU